CAAUUUCUGGCAAUAGAUUUCGCCUUGUAAAACUAUUGCCAGAACUACUCAAACUUGGAGUACUUUCUAUGCGCACGGUGUUGCGAACGCUGGAUACCGUCGUUGGAAUCGUUGUCGUUUCAAGUCCAAGAUCAGGACUUAUGGAGUUGUCUUCGGGAGGCAUAGGUAUCUGAGGAGUUGUUGGUGCGUUUGGGAUCAUGUCAGAAAAGCGCCUUGUGUCCUGACUGACAUUUUCCUCCGAAAUAUUCGAGUCUGUCGUUGUAGGGCUAGGCGAACAUGAUGUCCUCGCUGAUCUCGAUGAACUAGACGCUGUGUUCUUAUUACUUUUCUCUGCAAGUUUCUUUCCAUACAAAUGUACGCGAUUCCGCCGGUUUGGUGGUAGUCGCCCCAUAGCACAAAAUACGUUUUCGAUGUAAAUAAAUCGCGUAAAAUUCAAUGUACUUUACACAAUGUACGUGUGUCGUUGAAUAAUUCAUGGCAAGUUAGCGCCAAAAUUUCAAAUCCGAUAUCCUUGCUCCCAAAUCAUGAACUUUGGUCGGUCAGGGAGUUGCGACGUGAAUGACACGUGAAAGUCAUAUGAACAUUAAAUCUCAAAUUUUGAUUAUCAUUAUGCUUGCGGGCGGACGGGUAUUAGCUUUAUUCGAUAUCGAUAUAUUUUAAGCUUCGAAUCAAUAUUUGAUCCCAUGAGUGAAAAAAGAAAGUACUGUGGACAUUGUCAAGAGUUUGUUACGCUAAGAACAUAUCGUACGCACGAAAAGCUAUUUUUUAUCAAAGAAACAGGUAUUUGGAAAACAUGUGUCGUUUCUUCGGAUGAAGAAGAUGAACACUCCAUUCGAGAGCAUAUUAAUGAUAGUUCCCAAGACGAAUGUGAAGGAAAGUUCCCUAAAGACAAAGGAGACGACGUUGGUUCGGAUUGCUUUCAUGAAUCCGAUUGUCAAUCCAGUGUUUGUUCAGAUGAUGAUGACUCGUCAGAUACAGAGUGGUUGUAUAAAGAGCGUGUAUUUCCAAUUAACCCAGAAAUUUGGGAGAUUUCUGAAGAGGAUAUCAAUGUUGACCUUGAGAGAAACUCUAUACCACAUGUUUCCAACGAUCUUAAAGGUAAUGCAUCUAAUCCAGUAAAGAAUAUUUUGCGUUGGGCACUUGUAUUUUUGUCUAUAUGGGCUGCCCAUUGCAAAAUUUCAGAAACUGCACUGGAGUUGCUAUUGUCAUUUCUUCAUCGUUGGUUUACUGUUUUGGGGACAAUCUUUCCACCGUUUGCUGUUUAUAUCUUUUCCAACUACUAUAUCAUCGCUACGUACAUAUCUUGGCAUUGA